AUGAACACCUACUCUCGCUCCGUCACCUUCUCCAGUGGACACCGUCUCGGGUCCACGAGGGCCCCCAGCGUGUACGGAGGUGCCGGAGGCUCCGGGGUCCGCAUCUCCAGCAUGAGCGCUCCCAGAAGCUUCUCUUUCGCUGCAGGUGCUGCUGCCGGUGCUGCUGCCGGAGGCGGCUUCAACCUGGCCGACGCCAUCGACAUCUCCGACAACAAGAAGAUGGCCAUGCAGAACCUGAACGACCGCCUGGCCUCCUACCUGGAGAAGGUCCGCAACCUGGAGGCGGCCAACGCCGACCUGGAGCUGAAGAUCAGACAGUUCCUGGAGAACAAGACCAAACCUGAGGGACACGACUGCUCUGCAUACAAGGCCGUCAUCAGUGACCUGCAGGACCAGAUCUUUGACGCCACCCGUACAAAUGGAUCUCUCUACCUGGCGGUCGAUAACGCCAAACUGGCCGCUGAUGACUUCAGGGUCAAGUAUGAGAACGAGCUGGCCAUGCGUCAGAGCGUGGAGGCCGACAUCGCCGGGCUGAAGAGAGUCCUGGAUGAUCUGACGCUGGGAAGAUCCGACCUGGAGAUGCAGAUCGAGGCACUGAGGGAGGAACUCAUCCAGCUCAGGAAGAACCAUGAGGAGGACCUGCUGGCCAUGCGAGCUCAGAUGAGCGGUCAGGUUAACGUGGAGGUGGACGCCGCCCCUCAGCAGGAUCUGUCCGCCGUCAUGGCCGGAAUCAGAGAGCACUACGAGAACGUCGCUGCCAAGAACCGCAGAGACCUGGAGUCCUGGUUCCAGGCCAAGUCUGAGGAGCUCAAUAAGGAAGUCGCCGUGAGCACCGAGUCUCUCCAGUCAUCACGCUCCGAGGUCACAGAGGUCAAACGCUCGCUGCAGGGUCUGGAGAUCGAGCUCCAAGCACAGCUCAGCAUGAAAGCGUCUCUGGAAGGAUCCCUCGCCGACACCCAGAACAGGUAUGGCGCCAAGCUGACAGGUUACCAGAGGCAGGUGUCCGCCCUGGAAGACCAGCUGGCUCAGCUGAGAGCCGACCUGGAGCGUCAGGGGCACGAGUACCAGAUGCUGCUGGACACCAAGACCAGGCUGGAGAUGGAGAUCGCCGAGUACAGGAGGCUGCUGGACGGAGAGCUGUUGAGGAGUCUUGUUUCUGUGUUUUCCUGCAGCCCCUUGAAGUCCACUACGACUCGCAAAGUGCUGAUUGUCACCAAAGAGGUCGUGGAUGGUGAAGAGGUCAGCUCCAAGACUGAGGAGACAAACUGA